UGCUUCAGAGAGACUUCAACGUUGAAAGUUAGAAACACACAUUUUCUCACAAGGGUGCUCUUCUCUGCUCCUCCAGAACUGUCUUUCACGAGAAAUCUCUGCGCUUUUCCAAGAUAUGUUUGACGAUCAAGAUCUGGGCUUCUUUGCCAAUUUCCUUGGAAUCUUCAUUUUCAUACUGGUGAUAGCCUACCAUUUCGUUAUGGCUGACGACCCUAAAUUCGAAUAGAGAGAUGAGCUUCAAAUUCACUUGUCUCUGAUAUGUCAGAAUUGAUAUAUAGUUGAUGUAUGUUGACAAUAUGGUUUUAGCUGGAGAAGUCUCUCUUUUUAUUGUAGUCCUGUUAUUCACAUACUUUGGUAAUUUCACUAUAAAAGGAUUUUUUUUUUUUUU